CACAUUUUGUCCUGCCCGCUUCUGCUAUUGCAACGCAUAUCGACGUCGAACAACCCGCCAGCGCGUAAAACCUAAACAAGAAGGACGAUGCCAGAAGGGCCUGUAACCACCAUUCUGCGCGGCUUCAAAGUGCCCGUAGCCGUCCUCGACCGCUUCCUCCAGGCAAACGGCAUUGACGAAACAUGCGGCUGGCCACCGCGUUACAACACGCUCGAUGAACCGUCCAAGUUGCUGCGAACGAAACUGGGCGACUCCAAAACGCGCCUGUUCAUACCGCACCGGCUGGGACACCGAUUGUCCGCCUUCGCAUACGUUGCCUACGGCUCAAUCUUUGUGUUUGCGCAACGGAAGAUCCUCCCCGAGGAGCUGCCCCCAAGCCCCCCGCCAGGCUUCGCCAAGUUGUGCAACGAGAUUAUAGGCUACGCCAAUGAACAGGAGCGAGAGCAGCCCCGAUUGAAGCCUGACGACUUGACUGCCAUGUACGUCAUCAAUACCGAUGACCAGUCGUACUGGUUUCAAGAGCCAUAUGUUCGCAAGUCUGAUGUGCGUUGCGACGGCUGCAAUACGACUUUUAUGACUUGGGUCGAGAAAGUGAAUCACCGGAGGGAUGUUCAUAGGUCCAAGGAAUCACCAAUCGAUCUGCCGAACGACCUCUAAACUCGGGGGGUUUGAUUUUUAUAGGAGUGUAUCUUGACGCCGGACUUGACCUUGCUGGAAUCUAUGUUGUAUAUCGUAAGUAUCAGAUGUCCAAUUAGCUAUCCGUGCUCUACCAGAUCCCCCUCAUGACGCACUCCCCACGGCACUGGCCGCAAGUUGUCUGAGAAGAAAUCAAGAGUAGCACAAGAAAGGAACGUCAAGAGAGGAAGCGGCUCAGCUGAUCUAGCAACCGGGACUCAGGAGGUGGAAAGGAAGGCCAAGAAGUGCUUGAAUAUUGUGGAGAGGUACAGGUUGGUUACAGGAGUUCGUUCUCGGAGCCCCGGGGCAAUGCCUGCAGUGAGAAAUGCAUUGGAACCCCAAUGUGUGUUGCACCGUCCAGCCUCAAUAGAGGGACGAGGGAAGGCGAACUCUCUCCCGAAGGAAUAGGUCAAUGUUUCGAACGGC